CCUGUCUAGAGGCUACAUGUCGCUUCUCGCGUUGUUGUGACCGUGUGUAAAGUGCAAGUGUAAUAACAUAACAGCAAAUUGUUUUGUGGUGUGAUAUUAGUGUUGUGCAACCACCGGAGCGGCGGAGCCGGAUAACAUUGCUGUGAUGCAUUUUCGGAUAUACCUAUGGCUGUCAUGUUUAGCCCUCGCAGGAUACGUACGAGCGACAGAGGAGGGAGUGAGCGCGCAGCCGACGGAGAUAACGGUGCACAUACAGCAGGACGGCGCAGCACCCGACCGGGACGUCUUCAUAGACGAUGACUCCGGCUCCGGCCUAGGCAUCGACGAGGCGUCCGGCUCCGGCUGGGGGCCCGGCCCCGGCGUCGACGACGAAGACGGCCGCGGAUCAGGUGACGGCGCCGUCCGCCCCGCCCUGUCCGGACUGCCCGAGGAUGACGAAGACUUCGCGCCGCGCACCACCGCCGCUCCCGGCACGCCCGCCCCGCCGCCCGACUAUCCGGACCUCCCUGAGCCGGACAACGCCCUCCCGACCCCAACGGGCCCAGAACCUCCGAUCCCAACACCAAAAGUCCAGCAGCCCGAUUUAGUCAGUCCUCGCAUUCUCAAGGGUCAGGAGGCGGGCGAGUCCGGCGGGGAACCGCGCGGCGCGGGAGGAGAACAGUCCUCGCGUCCUGACGUCACUGACAUCAAUAUAUCCGGAGAGGACGUAGGACAGGAGAUUGACCAGGUGCCGUCAGGCACACACAUCGAGACGGAGGCGCGGCCGGCUGACACCGGUGUCUUCAUCAUGAACGCCAAGCCUGAAGACCGCGCUACCAGCUUCUUCGCGCAGCCCGGCAUCCUUGCUGCUGUGAUCGGCGGAGCGGUAGUUGGGCUCCUGUGCGCCAUCUUGGUGGUGAUGUUCAUAGUGUACCGCAUGCGCAAGAAGGACGAGGGCUCGUAUGCGCUCGACGAGCCCAAGCGCAGUCCCGCCGCCGCCUCCUACGGCAAAGGUCAUAACAACCGCGAAUUCUACGCGUGAGACGACACAGAACAAACCGCGCCACGUCUUUACUAACAGCCACAGAUUAAAGAAUGUUUUUAAUCUGUGGAAUUUUUUUGUCUGACUUUUUUUGACAGUUACGCGCCAUUUCGAAUCCUGUUUUAAUCUUUGACGUGGCCAAAAUUGUUCUGUGAUCGUCUCUUACGAAAUUUAAUUUACGAAUUUUAAAACAUUAUUGUGUACGGAUUGUACUAUUUGUACAAAUCGGGUACAUUGUUUUGUAAUGUCGGAUAUUUAAUUUAAAUGAUGGAAAUUAUCAAAAUUGAACAUAUUUAAGACCAAAUUUUAUAUCAAUCGACUAUCUUGAAAGCCUAAAUAUUAACCGAAAGUGAAAACUAAGAAAUGUUAGUAUCAUCUUGAUAUUGAUUUCUAGUUUAAGAUUUACUACGUAUGAAUUAUAUCAUUAUAUUUGUAUCUUUAUAGAUCUUGUAUGUUUUCUGUAAAAAUAAAUGUGUGCCAUCCGCUUCCUUGAAUUGUACAUUGCUACCGCAAUAGUUUAUUCAUAGACAAAUAAUUUAAUGUCUAUGGUACGUCCAUAUCCCAAGUAUCUAUGUAAUAACUAUGUAAUAUAUUGUUUUUGUAUGUGUUUGUAUGACCCGCUUUCACCCAAAACGUAAGCUAUAAGACAUCAGUAGAGUUAAUCUAAGGUGCUUCAAUACAAGUUGUGUUUUUUGUGUUAACUGACAAAAUAUUAACUAAGUCAUCAAUUACGCAUUUUUUUUUAC